AUGAUAGCUGCUUUAGCAAAUUUGUUAUUCUCGACUGUAAGUUUCUUGUGUAAUUUGAUUUCUUAUGUGAUCUUCCACGUCGCAGCUUGUUCUUUCGUUUUAUUUGUACAAACCUUCAAGACUCCAGGAGAUGCCCUUUAUGCCUUGAUCAAGCUGGUAAGAGAUACAGCCGAGUCUUGUUUUCCCAAAUUGUGCAAACUAGUUAUUGAUGUAAUCAAUGAAGUGUUUACGAUCUUGUUUGAUUUGGCGAAAGGACGAGUCAUAAGAAUAUCAGAUUCCAUCUCAUUGACAAUAGGUGAUUUGAGAGAGAGAGGAAUGCCAUGUUUUGACCAAUUUCUUAAGGAGUGGUCGAAAGUCUUUGAAGGUUCUAUCGAAAUGGUAUCGGCCGUGGUUAGUGGUUUGUGGAAUAACUACAAGGAUUCUUUAUAUUAUGUCUACCAAAAGUUACUUGAGUAA